CGGAGUGAGUGGGUUGCCAUGGUGAUUCACCCAGGGAGCCUGACCCGUGCAGAGUGAAUGGAGGGAGCGCCUUGGACGCCAAGUGAACGAUAAACUAACGGAGUGGAGUCACCAAAGAGAGAGAGGAGAGCAAAGGAGUGGUGGAUAACAGAGGGAGCAGAGGAGUGGAGCAGAGAGGGCUGAGAAUGGAGGACGGGUUUUCCAGUUACAGCAGCUUGUAUGACACCUCAUCACUGCUACAGUUCUGCAACGAUGACAGUGCGUCAGCAGCGAGCAGUAUGGAGGUGACUGACCGCAUCGCCUCCCUGGAGCAGAGGGUCCAGAUGCAGGAGGAUGAGAUUCAGCUGCUGAAGUCCGCUCUGGCCGACGUGGUGCGCAGGCUCAACCUUUCUGAGGAGCAGCAGGCCAUGGGAUCACGCAGAGGACCCACCAAAGACCCUGCUUUGAUGAGAAAGUCUCCCUCAGCAGACAGCAAUAUUGGGAAGUCAGCCAGGCCAAUGAUGGCCACUCUACCGUUACGGCCCACAGUAAACAACGGGACCAUCCUACCAAAGAAAGGCAGCACCCUGCCCUCCCCAUCUGGAUCUGGAUCCAGGAAGGACACCAGCACAACGGCCAACAAGAGCACUGUGAGGAGAGCCAACUCAAACGAGCAUGUGGGAACUCUCACGCGGAAGGAUUCGGGCGACUCCAAGGGCAAUCGGACUCGCGCCGGGUCCACUGGCAGCAACUCCAGCGGCAAAAGAAGCGACAGGUACAAACAGAGGGAUCCAGUGUUCAACCCAGGGAUGCGACGUGUGACCCACUGCAAAGAGGAAGGUUAUGUGAAAAUGUAUUUGAAGGGUCGUCCCGUCACCAUGUUCAUGCCCAAAGACCAGGUGGACAACUACUGCCUGGAGGCCAGAGCCGACCUGCCCAGUAACAAACUCAAACUGGACUGGGUCUACGGUUACCGCGGUCGAGACUGUCGCUCCAACCUUUACUUGUUGCCCACUGGAGAAACGGUGUAUUUCAUUGCCUCGGUGGUCGUGCUGUUCAAUGUGGACGAGCAGCUGCAGAGACACUACACUGGACACACAGAUGACAUCAAAUGCCUGGCCGUCCACCCUGAUAAAAUCACCAUAGCAACCGGGCAGGUGGCAGGCACCUCUUCAGAUGGAAAACAGCUGGCUCCUCAUGUUCGUGUGUGGGACUCCGUCAGCCUCAACACCCUCCAUGUUCUGGGUAUAGGCUUCUUUGACCGAGGCUUGGUCUGCCUGGCUUUCUCCAAGUCGAAUGGAGGAAACACGCUGUGUGUCGUAGACGACUCUAAUGACCACGUCCUCUCCGUCUGGGACUGGCAGCGAGAAGACAGACUGGCUGAAGUCAAGUGCUCCAACGAGUCAGUGUUUGCGGCAGACUUUCACCCAACAGACAGCAACAUCGUAGUGACCUGUGGCAAGUCCCAUCUCUAUUUCUGGAACCUGGAGAAAGGCGUGCUGGUCAAGAAACAAGGACUGUUUGAGAAACAGGAAAAGCCCAAGUUUGUGUUGUGCGUGACCUUUGCAGAAAAUGGAGACGCCAUCACUGGAGACUCCAGUGGGAACAUCUUGGUGUGGGGAAAAGGCACUAAUCGCAUCAGUCAAGUCAUCCAAGGAGCCCACGAGGGCAGCAUCUUUGCUCUGUGCAUGUUGAGGAACGGCACGCUGGUGUCUGGAGGUAAAGACCGCAGGCUCAUCUCCUGGGACAGCAGCUACCAGCAGAUACAAACGGUGGAGGUGCCUGAGCCGUUCGGUCCCAUCCGGACUGUAGCAGAGGGCCGAGGGGAGACUGUGCUCAUUGGGACCACGAAGAACUUUGUUUUGCAGGGCAGUUUAGAUGGUGAAUUCAUGUGUAUUACACAGGGUCAUACUGAUGAGUUGUGGGGUCUGGCUGUCCAUCCCUGCAAGCCUCACUUCCUAACCUGUGGCUAUGACAGACAAGUGUGCCUAUGGGACUCCAGUUCCCAUCAGCUCAUCUGGAGCAAGAACAUGGAAGAUGCUGCCCAAUCAGCAGACUUCCACCCAUCUGGAGCUGUGGUUGCCAUAGGAACGCAGACGGGCAGGUGGCUGGUGCUGGACACAGACUCUAAGGAUUUAGUCACAGUGCACACAGAUGGGAAUGAGCAGCUGUCUGUUAUGAGCUACGGGCCAGAUGGUAACUUCCUGUCCAUCGGUUCCCAUGACAAUUACAUCUACAUCUACGCUGUGGCAGAAAAUGGGAGGAAGUACAGUCGAGUGGGGAAGUGCUCGGGUCACUCUAGUUUCAUCACCCACCUGGACUGGUCAGUGGACUCCCAAUACCUGGUAUCAAAUUCAGGAGACUAUGAGAUACUGUACUGGAUCCCAUCAGUGUGUAAGCAGGUGGUCAGUGUGGAGACCACCAGAGAUAUCAAGUGGGCCACCCACACCUGCACUCUAGGCUUCCAGGUCUUUGGCUUGUGGCCCGACGGCUCAGACGGCACCGACAUCAACGCCGUCUGCACGUCUAAUGAUGAAAGUCUCCUGGUCACUGGAGAUGACUUUGGGAAGGUCCACCUCUUUGCAUACCCUUGUUCACAGUUCAGGGCUCCCAGCCAUUAUUACGGUGGCCACAGCAGUCACGUGACCAAUGUGACCUUUCUUUACAACGACAGCUACUUGGUGUCAACAGGAGGGAAGGACAUGAGUGUGAUGCAGUGGAGGAUAAUCUGAGCGAGUGGAACAGAAACUGACAACGUCUUACCGCUGCUGGCACCUCGACGCCUAGCUGAACUGAACUGCACUAAACUGAACUGAACCAAACUCAGACACUUCUAAAAAAAAGUGGAUCUGAUUGAACUGAACAAAAGUGAAUUGACAGAAGAUGAACUCGUGUCCGCGGGUUUCCUUCCUGAUGUGCUUCUCAGAUCCUGAAUGACAUGAACUGUUGGAGGUGUAAUAUGCGAUUGUUUGAAAUACAAAAAAAAAUCCUGAAUACUUCUCUUUUUUUCACCCACACUACAUGUAAAAAAAUCUCUUAUUCUUUCUCUCUCUCACACGUGCUUACUGUAGCCUAUUCACCAAUGACAUGAGACAAAACUAAUCGAAGGGAACACAUCCGACAAAACAGAACCAAAGGCUGCAUUUGUCCAAGUUUGACUUUCACUGUUCUUGUAUUGUGCACACUCCUGCCACAGAUAAUGGA